UGUCUCCUAGGCAGGUCCAACGGCUGAUUGGGCAUAACACUUCUCACGGUGUGUCUUUUAACAGGAGAUUCUUACGCUUUUAACACUACAUAAAUGGACUAUGAUAACCUCCUUGAAUGAGUCAAUGUGAUUGUGAGAUGAGGGGAAAGGUAACGAAGCAUCUGUCCAUUUCUAACUGGCUGACCCAGCUUGGUCUCCCAGAAUAUUGCACACUCUUUGAACAAUAUAAUGGUGUAGAGGACCUACUCCGUCUUACAGAGGUUGAUCUUAGGAAAAUGGGAGUUGAAAACCAAGUCCACCGAACACACAUCAUUUCCAAUAUCCUGCUGCUUCAGGAAAUAGAAAAAAAGAGAGGACUUGUUAAUGAGACAUUUUGGUGCCCAGUGCAGGAUCACGAACCAAGAAUGAUAGCUGCAGGGAAAUUUGCAAGUCUUCACAGAAAUGUCCCAGUGAACCAUCAGUUCUCAUUAGCUUCUUCCAUGGACCUUUUGACCAGCAAACCCUCGCUGGCUGAGCAUCGCACAGAUUCCUUUCAAGACAUCUCUAUCCAUGGCACUCUCCCCAGGAAGAAGAAGGGGACAAUUCCCGUUAGGUCUUGUGAUGUGUUUAGCCACGUGGGAACACUGCCAUACAGCAGGACAUACCAGCAGCAGCCGUCUUUUGUACAGGAUGUCAUAGAAGAGUUUCCUCCACAAGAUGGGAAGAGCAACAAAUUCCAUGUCAGAGCUCAGGGUAUCCUGGAUCCUACGUUGGAAUAUGUUAAGUUUUCUAAAGAGAGGCAACUUACGGACAACAGCCCAGAAAAACUGAAGAAGGAGUUAGAAGAAGAACUGCAGCUGAGUAGCGAAGACUUGCGUAGCCAUGCCUGGUACCAUGGACGUAUUCCUCGGCAGGUGGCAGAAAGCCUAGUUCAGAGAGAUGGAGAUUUUCUGAUUAGAGAUUCUCUCUCCAGUCCUGGGAACUUUGUUCUUACCUGUCAGUGGAAAAAUAGCUCUCAGCAUUUUAAAAUCAACAGAACAGUUCUAAGACUCAAUGAAGCGUACUGCCGUGUUCAGUAUCAGUUUGAACUUGAAAGUUUCGACAGCAUCCCUGGCUUAGUCAGAUACUAUGUUGGGAAUCGCACACCAAUAUCGAAGCAGAGUGGAGCAAUAAUUUUUCAGCCUAUCAACAGGACUGUGCCUCUCAGAUGUCUAGAAGAAAAGUAUGGUGUAUCUCCAGUCCGACAAAAAGAAAAAAGUAUCCCUGAAGGAAAAACAGAGACUGCGAAAAGGCUGAGUCUUGGUGUAUCCAGCAUGCAACCCCAGGAGCAGAGCUUAUCCAGAGGAAAUCUUUUGAGAAACAAAGAAAAAAGUGGUAGCCAGCCAGCUAGUUUGAAUCAUGUCCUGGAGAAAAGAUUUCCCCUAAAGGCUCACCAGUCGGAGAGCUAUCUGCCACUAGGUUCAAGACAUCCUUCUCAGUUACCUGAAGUAGAUGCAAACUCCUGUCCAAGCUCUCCUGCAUUUAGAACAGGCAGUGAACCUUCUCUGAGCCCCACAGUUGUUCUGAAAGUUACCUCUGAGUCACAUGUAGGGGAAGCUCUUAGAGGAUCAGACAGUCAGCUCUGUCCAAAGCCUCCACCUAAGCCCAGCAAAGCACCCUUGCUGAAGCCCCCAGAGUCUCCUUCAGCCUCUCACAGUUCAGAAGGACACUGUUGUGAACUAAGCCCUGCCAGAGGUCCUGCAGCAACAAAACAACCUUUAUGUCAGAAAAACAGCUACGUGGAACAUCUGGUGCUAAAGGAGAGGGGAACACACUCAUUCAGGAACUCUGAAACGAGCUAUUUGAUCCUGGAAGACGAUCCUAUAAUGAGCUCUGCAGAUCCUUUAGAAGCUUCAACUGAACUGGCUGAAGACAACAGCCUGUUUUUUGCACCUGUUCUUGAGACAGUGUCUGGUUUUAAACCGAAUGAUUUUGAAUCCAAACUACUUCCUCCUGAAAACAAACCACUGGAAACAUCAAUGUUAAAAAGGGUUAAGGAGCUAUUUACCAACAACAAUCCAAAGAUUAUUGCCCAACAUAUUCUUAGAAUGGACUGCAAGGUGGCUAGGAUACUAGAAGUUUCCGAAGAAACGAGAAGGGUCAUGGGAGUGAACUCUGGUCUUGAACUGAUUACUUUGCCUUAUGGACAUCAACUGCGCCUUGACCUAAUUGAAAGGCACAAUACCAUGGCAAUAGGAAUAGCUGUGGAUAUCCUGGGUUGCACAGGAAAUCUAGAAGAUAGAGCUGCAACAUUAAACAGGAUCAUCCAAGUAGCAGUGGAGCUGAAAGACUCAUUGGGGGAUUUGUAUGCAUUUUCUGCCAUUAUGAAGGCACUAGAAAUGCCACAGGUCACUAGGUUAGAACAAACCUGGACUGCUCUAAGACAUCAUUACACCCAGACUGCCAUUAUGUAUGAAAAACAGCUGAAGCCAUUUAGCAAAGCUUUGCAUGAAGGACAAGGUGAGUAGACGAGUGUGCAUGAGUGACACUGGUUUCUGUCUAUCCUUACAACUCUCCCUUAUAACUCCUGAGUGCCUGUGUAGGGAGAGGAGGCAGCUGCUGUUGUGCUAGCUGAGUCUCAUAUGUUAAAAGCAACUACAUGAACUUUUGUAAUGCAGUAUAACACAAGGGCAUAGAAGGAACCAUCUGCUAGCACCCAUGCAGACUAUAACAUUCUUUCUCUUCUCAACCCUCCCCCCCCCUUGUGGCGAACUUGCAGAGUGGUUCCUGUCAGUCCCUGCCUCUCUAUCAUCUUGCUUCAGAGAUGGACAGUGGACAAAAAUUCUCCUCCUACCUGUAUAGGGAGAGGGAGAAGACUUCUGGCAGGUUUUGCUUUGCCUAUUGGAGCAGAGGGCAAAUGCUGAAAUACAAAGAAUGGGUCAGUAAUUCCUC